GUUCCAGAUUCAAGAUUUAGCCAGAUAUUUGGAAAACAGCCCCAGCCAGCAUUUUCUGAUAAUCUUUAUGGGUUUUUUUUGUGCUAGAUCCUUGUUUGGUGCACCGCUUGCACCGUUUACAGAGGCAUAACCGGAUGUCUGCAUUCUUAGUCUGCAAAACACCCAUUUGCGCCUUAUUCAGAUCGCACAUACCUGCUAUUUUUUUCACAAAAGUUGUUUCAUUUGUUGUCUCUGUUAAUGAAAGCCUUGAUUUUGGGAAGAUGGGUUAUGGCUGCAAGCAUUGUAGAAGAUGCAAGAUCAGAGCUCCCUGCUGCAACGAGGUCUUCGAUUGUCGUCAUUGUCACAAUGAAUCCACGGCGAGCUGCACCAACUCCAGUCAAGAGCAACAUAAUCAAUUAUACCUCGUAAUGGGGUAGUGGGUUGUCAAUGUCAUGAGGUGGAUCCCAUUCAACAGUUGCUUCUCACCACGUGAAAUUUGCCUGUUCAAUUGAUGGAAUAUCUAUAUGUCAGUCGUAAAUUGAGUGAGGUGGAUCCCAUUCAACACUUGCUUCUCACCAUGUAAAAUUGCAUGUGGAUAAAGUUAGGGUAUGAGGAGACUCGAGUUCAAUUUCUGUAACUACUAACUAUUGCAUUUGUAAGAUAAGCUAGUCAUGUCUUACAUGAUCAUGGCGGUAUUUCUCCUUUUAAAAUUUGCAUAUUCCAGUAGUCCUUUGGAUGAUUUCAUCUUUAAUGGGUCCACAAUGAAGCUGGAUGGAACUGCAAAGAUUGAUUCCAAAGGCCUAUUGAUGCUAACCAAUAGUACUAGUUCACGACAGACGGGCCACGCUUUCUACAACGAUGCCAUCCAAUUCAAGAACUCCACAAACAACGGUAGGGUCAUCUCCUUCUCUACUACUUUCAUCUUUGAGAUUGUACAGAAGUACCCAAGUUCAGAUGGCCAUGGAAUGGCCUUUGUUAUUUCACCUUCCAAAGAGUUCAGGGGUGCUCGGCCUGCUGGAUAUCUUGGGCUCUUUAAUGAUAUCAACACGGGGAGUAGUUCAAAUCAUAUUGUUGCUGUUGAGAUGGACACCUUCAAAGACGUUGAAUUCGAUGAUAGAGACAACAACCAUGUUGGCAUCGAUAUUAAUGGCUUGAAAUCAAUCAUAUCAGCUAGUGCAGGUUACUUUCCUGCAGGUAAAAAUGGUACCUUCAAAGAUCUAAAACUCAAAAACGGUGACCCAAUGCAGGUUUGGGUGGAAUAUAAUGGAGUAGAAAAGCAAAUUAAUGUUACCCUUUCUCCUAUUAAUGUAACCAAGCCUGACCUCCCACUCAUAUCGUUGAGGCGAGAUCUUUCACCAGUCAUACUUGACAACAUGUAUGUAGGCUUUUCGACCUCCACAGGCAGGCUUACUGCAUCUGAUUAUUACAUACUAGCUUGGAGUUUUAAGAUGAAUGGUGAAGCUGAACAGAUUGACCUAUCUCGCAUUCCUAAGACCCCCCAGCCUUCACAAGAAAUAGACAGAGAACCGAACGCAGUACUGGAAGUUUUGUUUCCAUUCAUUUUAUUUCUUGUACUCCUCCUAGUCUCACUAGCUGGUGGUCUUCUAAUCUCAAUGAAAAAGUUUAUUGACGUGCUGGAGGAUUGGGAGGUCCAAUAUGGCCCUCACAGAUUCAGUUAUAAAGAUCUCUCUAUUGCCACAGAGGGUUUCGAAGAGAGAAAACUUCUUGGCAGGGGAGGCUUUGGUACAGUUUACCGAGGUGUGCUACCAACAUUGAAUACACAGGUUGCUGUCAAAAGAGUUGCCCACGAUUCAAGACAAGGAAUGAGGGAAUUUGUAGCAGAAAUUGCAACCAUAGGCCGCUUGCGUCACCCAAACUUAGUUCGCCUCCUUGGGUAUUCCAGGCAUAAGCAAGAACUCCUCUUGGUUUAUGAUUACAUGCCUAAUGGAAGUCUUGACAAGUUUCUUUAUGGCCAGCGCAAGGGAAUGCUAAAUGGGAUGCAAAGAUUUAAGAUCAUCAAAGAUGUAGCAUCAGGCCUCUUUUAUUUGCACCACCAAUGGGUACAGGUUGUCAUUCAUAGAGAUAUCAAGGCCAGCAAUGUCUUGAUAGACAGUCACUUCAAUGCAAGAUUGGGAGAUUUUGGGCUUGCCAAAUUAUGUGAGCAUGGAACUGAUCCUCAAACCUCCCAUGUGGCCGGUACUCUCGGCUAUAUUGCACCUGAGCUGGCCCGUACCGGAAAAGCAAAUACGAACACUGAUAUGUUUGCAUUUGGGACAUUUAUGCUAGAGGUUGUCUGUGGUAGAAGACCAGUGGAGCCCCGAGCUUCUCCCGAGAAGAUAAUUUUGAUCGACUGGGUGUUUGAGUGCUUGGAAAGGGGAAACAUUCUUGAGGCCAUUGAUCAAAGUCUGGGAACUGAGUAUGUGGUUGAGGAAGCUGAGUUGGUGUUGAAGCUGGGGUUGCUUUGCUCACAUGCCGUGGCUGCAGCUAGGCCGAGCAUGUCUGUCGUAAUAAAAUACUUGGAAGGUGAAGCUAAACUACCUGAUAACUUGAGUGAAAUUAUUAGGUCUCAGGAUUUCGGAGAAGCCUCAAAUGGAGAGGAUGUGCCACUAAUUUCUGUUCCAUCAGCAACAAUCAGAGAGCCAUUCGUCUCUAGAGGCCGUUGCAUUACUUGAUCUCUUUUAAUAGCAGCUGUUCUCUGCAGCCGACCGUCUCUCAGGAUGACAAAAUCAGAAGGACUUUUAACUUCUGAUGAGAAUUUCCUAGUUUCUUUCUGCUUGGAAUCAGUUGUAUGUUUGUCAUCCUCCUGUUCUGUUAGUUUGGUAAUCCAAGGCUAUUUCCUUGUCAUUGCUUUAUCAUAUGGCUUGCAGGUGGUUUAUGGUGUUGUGCAUAACAUGAGCUGUGAUUUGGCUGCUUGCUUCAGUGUAGUUGGUUUCCAUUGUAUGUGCAAAGGUUACAGUGUGUAUAAAAGUAGAUAAUAAUCCCAGGAGCAUAAUGUACAAUUGAACUGGAAUUUUAUAGUAGUUAUUUCCUUGUUUCCUAGUACUGUCAGUGCUAAGCUACCGCAGACAGUAACCUUGGUCAAACUGAUUGAGCUGGCUCUGCCUAGGCCUGUCUUGUAUAUUGCUCUGUCUCCAUAUAUUGGACCUGGACCUCUAUGAAACCAAAGGUCAAAGCAUAAUCUAGUCCUACCAUUGCCAGUUGACACAUUUAAUAAUCAGAGAGAAGCUUUUCCAAGAUUCAAGAGUUCACGAACAAUUUUGGGCACCUUUGGCAAACCCAAAAUUUUCUCCUUUCAAAUGAAUAGCUAGUUGAAAUAAGUUGCAGAUGUCAUUUGCCAUCGUAGCUUUGUUCCAAUUCUCCACAUUUUUUUUAUUCCCAAUCAACCUUCCUGUUUUGUACAACAGACAUCUUUCCAUGGUGCUUUUGUUCCACUGUUUGUCAGUUCAACUUGAGGUUUUAAGUAACGGGAGUGGCUACCAUAAGGGUAAUGGUGGCGCUGAUGUGGUUGCUGUAGCAUAACAGUGAAAACAAUCAGGGGCAUCCCAAUCUUUGACAAGGCCUAAGGUGAAAUUUUUAUGUGAGACCUUUUUCUAUAUGCCAAUAAUAUGUUUUAUUAUUAUU